AUGCCUUUCACCAAGCUUGUCAAGAACUCCCCAUACUUCUCGAGAUUUCAGACCAAGUACAAGCGCAGACGAUCAGGAAAGACUGAUUACUACGCCCGAAAGCGAUUGGUUGCCCAGGCCAAGAACAAGUACAAUGCACCAAAGUACAGACUUGUAGUCCGAUUCACCAAGCGAGACAUCGUCUGCCAGAUCGUCACUGCCGAGAUCGCAGGUGACAAGGUCUUUGCCGCUGCAUACUCCCACGAACUCAAGAGAUACGGAGUUGAGAAUGGCUUGACCAACUGGGCUGCUGCCUACGCCACUGGUCUGCUAGUCGCACGACGAGCGCUGAAGAAGCUCGGCAUCGAUGAGGACUUUGUUGGUGUUGAAGAGGCAGAUGGCGAGUACAAGCUCACCGAGGCCGCUGAGGACGACGAAGAUGCACGACGACCAUUUAAGUGCUUCCUUGACGUUGGUCUACACCGAACCUCUACUGGUGCUCGAGUCUUCGGUGCCAUGAAGGGUGCAUCUGACGGUGGCUUGUACAUCCCACAUAACUCAAAGCGAUUCCCAGGUUUCGAUCAAGAGAGCAAGGAGCUCGACGCCGAAACUCUCCGCAAGUACAUCUUCGGUGGUCACGUUGCUGAGUAUAUGGAGACUUUGGCUGAUGACGACGAGGAGCGAUAUAAGUCGCAGUUCACCAAGUACCUUGAGAACGAUGUCGAGGCCGAUGGUCUUGAGGAGCUGUACACUGAGGCACACAAGGCUAUCAGAGAAGACCCAUUCAAGAAGGAUGACGAUGAUGGUGACAAGAAGGACAAGGACUACUGGAAGGCAGAGGGCAAGAAGUACAAGACCGCUAAGCUCACCCGAGAGGAGAAGAACCAGAAGAUCAAGGAGAAGAUUGCCGAGCUUGCCUCGUAA